AUGCAUGGAGGAACCCGGCUCACAUUAUCUCAUGUUCGAAAGAAGUCUUGGAUAAUUGGUGGACGAUCAUCAAUCAAGAACUUCAUUCAUCGCUGUCUCACCUGCACGCGCAUGCAGGGAGACAGAACUCAGCAGCUCAUGAGUCAACUUCCAUCUCAUCAGGUCUCACCAUCUCUCAUCUUUGAGAACACUGAAGUCGAUUACGCAGGUCCAGUGUCUCUGAAGUUCUAUCAAGGACGCGGUACCAGAUGCUACAAAGGCUGGAUCGCUGUCUUUGUGUGUCUCUCAUCAUCAGUCGCUCAUUUGGAGAUUGUCACUGGCUACUCCAGUGAAGGCUUUCUCAAGGCAUUCCGCCGUUUCACUAGUCGACGGGGAAUCUGUCGCACACUUCGAAGUGAUUGUGGGACAAACUUCAAGAGUGCUGACCUCAUUCUCAAGCAACUUCUCAUCGGCGCUCUCAAGGAAUCAUCUCAUCUACAGCAGCAUCUCACCAAUGACGGAACCCAGUGGUUAUUUAAUCCACCUGGAGCUCCUCAUAUAGGCAGAAAAUGA